CAAGCAAACUUUGUAUGUCAACCAGUUCGGAAAUAAAUCUUGUAGUGCACACACGCGUCUCAUUUAAAUCCCAAAAGACUGGUACAUAAUAGUGGCGACAGGACUGGGUUUUAAGUGCAUUACAUUAAUAAUAUUAUUUUAAAAAUGUCGGUCGGAAAAUUGGGCGAGUUUAAUGUGGAAAGUGGAAAUUGGCAGUUAUAUUGUGAUCGGUUACAAAUGUACUUUCUGGUGAACAAUGUGGACGAUAAGUUACAGUUACCAACAUUAAUCUCAAUCGUGGGUGAAGCCGCAUACGAACUCAUGGUUAAUUUGUGCUCACCUAAAAAACCAGCGGAAAAAACUUAUAAGGAAGUGGUGGAACUAAUGUCUACGCAUUUACAACCUACCCCGUCAAUGUUAGCGGAGAGGUUUAAGUUUCGCCAAUAUAGACAAUGUGAAGGCCAAUCUAUUGCUCAAUUUGUGGAACAGUUAAAGAAAUUAUCGCGUUUUUGUGACUUUGGGACCGAACUCGACAGUAAUAUGCGGGACCAGUUUGUGUGCGGGCUGUGCAGUGACGGUAUUAGACAACGGCUGUUUGUGGAAAAAAAAUUGACUUUCUCAACGGCAACGGCGAUCGCGUUAUCGUUAGAGGCGGCGGAACGGGACGCUUUGGCAGUUGAAACUACCGGCGUUAAUUUUAUAAAAAAACCGCCGGUGAGAAGAACAACGGGGUGUUGUGUGGCCUGUGGAGAUUUUCGACAUAAGGUGGAAAACUGUAAAUUUCGGGACUAUGUGUGCAGUCGGUGCAAAAAUGUAGGACAUUUGCGGCGAAUGUGCUCGUUGGCGGAGGUAAACGACGGUGACCGUAAAACGACCUUUAACGGCUCGUUUACGUCAUCGAGAGGCGGCGGCCGAGCGGGCGCUCGGAGCACCUACCGGGGCCGCGGUGCAGCACGGGGCGGCGGAAGACAAUUCUACAUGGGACAAGCCACGGAGAACAAGUCAUCGACGGCGGCGGCGGGUCGGUCGGACUCGCGGGACACCGGGAACCGGCAGGGUGACGUCACGGGCAUGUCGACCGAAUAUGUCCAGGACGAUGAAGCGGACCAGGAGAGUGGUGACUAUGAAGAACCCAUGUUCCAGAUGUCCUUAGCAAAGUAUAGACCGAUUUAAAGAAGUGUUUGAACCCGGACUCGGGUGUUUCACGGGAGGGCGAGCGAGCCUGCGGCUGCGGGCGGGGGCGGAGCCGGUGUUCUGCCGCGCGCGGCCGCUGCCGUACGCGCUGCGCGAGCGCGUCGACGCCGAGCUCGACGCCAUGCUGGCCAGCGGCGUCAUCGAGCCCGUGGAGCACUCCGACUGGGCCACUCCUCUGGUAAUCGUACACAAGCCGGAUGGUUCUUUACGUCUCUGUGCAGAUUUUAAAACUACUUUAAACAGGGUUUUGUUGGUAGAUAAAUAUCCAGUUCCGAAAAUAGAAGACUUAUUUACUCUUUUAAAUGGCAGUCAAUAUUUUACAAAAAUUGACUUAUCACAAGCGUACAAUCAAGUUUUGUUAGAUGACAGUAAAGAAAAUGAUUGUACAGGUCUAACGGUCAUUAAUACGCAUAAAGGUUUGUUCAAAUAUAAAAGAUUAGUGUACGGACUAGCGUCUAGCCCAGGUAUAUUCCAAAGAAUAAUGACUAAUCUGUUUAGAGAGCUACCAAACGUAACUGUGUUCUUAGAUGAUAUCCUGAUUUCAAAUACUACUAGAAUAGACCACGAAAAAAGCAUAGAAAAAGUCUUUAAAAUAUUAAAGGAAAAUGGGUUAAAGAUAAAGAAACAGAAGUGUGAAUUUUUUUCUCACCAAGUAAAAUAUUUAGGUUACGUAAUAGAUAGGGACGGUGUGCGAGUAGAUCCAAGUAAACUGGAACCAAUAAUCCAGAUGACAGCACCUACAACCGUGUCGGAAUUGAAAUCUUUUCUAGGAAUGGUCAAUUUUUACGGUAAAUUCAUUAAAAAUUUAAGCGUUUAUCUGGCUCCUCUGUUUGACUUGUUAAAGAAAAAUAACAGAUGGUCAUGGGGUAGUACCGAGCAAAGAGUUUUUGAAAAGGUGAAGGGCCUGUUGAAAAGCGCGGGCGUGCUGGCACACUACGACGCGUCGCGCGCCGCGGUGCUGACGUGCGACGCCGGCCCGCGCGGGCUGGGCGCCGUGCUGGCGCAGCGCGCCGCCGACGGCCGCGAGCGCGUCGUGGCCUACGCCUCGCGCGCGCUCACCCCAGCGGAGCUCAAUUAUAGCCAAAUCCACAAGGAAGCCUUGGCCAUAGUAUUCGCGGUGAAGAAAUUUCACCAAUAUCUUUAUGGUAGGAAAUUUACACUUCGGACCGACCAUAAACCGCUCGUGAGCAUAUUCGGUCCGAAUUUAGGCAUACCUAACAUGACAGCGAGUAGAUUACAACGGUGGGCCAUUAUUUUAUCAGCUUAUGACUUUUCCAUAGAGUACAUUAAAUCAGAGGAGAAUACGGCGGACGCACUUUCACGUUUAAUAGCCGCACACAAGGAAAGCCGUGAUAGUUCAGGGGACAGGGAUAUAGAACAAACUUAUCUACACUUCGCUACCGAAGCAUUAUUAUUGAGUAACGAAACUAUAAAAAAAGAAACGCAAAAAGACCCAUUAUUAGGUAGAAUUAUAAGUUACAUACAAGAUGGUUGGCCUGCCGAUGUUGAUAUUAAAGAACUUAAACCAUAUUUUAAUAGGAAGUCGGAACUAUACCUAGAAAUGGGUUGCAUUAUGUGGGGACAUCGUUUAGUAAUCCCUAAUGUCUGCAGAGACAAAGUAUUGAGAGAACUGCAUGACACACAUACAGGUAUAGUUAAAAUGAAAAGCCUGGCCAGGAGCUACGUGUGGUGGCCCGGGCUGGACGAGGCCAUCGAGCGCCAGUGCGGCGCGUGCGGCGUGUGCGCGGCGCUGAGCGGCGCGCCGCCGGCGCACGCGCCCCGCUCGUGGCCCUGGCCCACACGCCCUUGGUCUAGGAUUCACAUAGAUUUUUUAGGGCCUAUAGCAGGUAUGAAAUUCUUGGUAAUUAUAGAUGCAACAUCUAAAUGGAUAGAAUGUUUUAAGAUGGAUCAUACCACGGCCAGUAAAGUAAUAGAAAGACUGAGAGACACUUUUGCUAGGUUUGGUUUACCAAAACAAAUAGUCAGUGACAAUGGGCCACCGUUCUCGAGUUCCGAAUUUUCACAAUUUUGUAAUAAUAAUGGAAUAGAUCAUAUAUUUACAGCUCCGUAUCAUCCUUCUUCAAAUGGAGCCGCAGAGAACGCAGUAAAAGUAUGUAAAAGAGUAAUUAAAAAAGCAAUUAUGACUCGCAUGGACGUAGACACAGCUUUGUAUAGGUUUUUAUUAAUAUAUAGGAACACCUCUCACAAUACUACGGGAGACAGUCCGGCUAAACUGUUGUUAGGUCGAAAUUUACGUACUAGACUAGACUGUCUCAAACCGGAUCGCGAGAAAAGAAUUGGAAAAUUACAAGAAAAACAAGAAAAUAGUGCGGGAGGAGUGAGUAGGGAAGUUAAGGUAGGUGAGGAAGUAUGGUUUAAAAACUAUAAUGACGAUGUACAAUGGAAAAAGGGUAAGGUCAUAGAAAAGUUAGGCGAUACCGAUUAUCGUAUCAGUUUAAAGGACGGACAAUGUAUACAUAGACAUAUUGAUCAACUAAAAAUAUGUAAGGGGUUUGGUGGAUCUGCACAGGACGAUAAAGUAACACAAAGUAAGGAACAGAGAAACCCCGGUUGGUUGUGGUUGCCGGGGGCUGGACCGGCGGAGUGCUCCGCGGCCGGCCCGGGCUCGGCCGCGCCGGCUCCGCGCCCGCCUGCCCCUCAGCUCGCUCCAAGGAGGUAUCCUCUCAGAGAGCGACACCCUCCAACACGAUAUGGCUUUGAAUAAUCCUUAUUGUAUGUAUUUUAGUUAAGAACUAAGUAGUUUAGUUAUUAAGAAAUUGUUUUGUGACUGGCUCCUCUUAGAUAUGUUUACUGUAAAUGUACCUAAAUGUAUUACUUAUUAAUAAAUAUAGACCGACUUAUCUUUAUGUAUACCAUUCAAGUACACACGGAGUCCAGUCACGACACUAGAAAACAUGUAAGACAUAUCUGAUAACGAAAAAGGUUACUGUACUUUAAUUAAAUAUAAUCUCUAGAAUAGUUAGUAAAUAAGGGUGGAGGUAUUGGGUAGUUUACUUAUAAAUAAUAUAA